UAUCACAUUGCCGAAAAACAAAUUCUCUAUUUUAUUCAUCAAACGAUUCUUCCCAUUUGGAUGAGGAAAAAUUGCCAAACCUUUAUCGACAUUUAUAUUCAAAAAUCGUAGCAUGCGGACCUAUUACCGUUGCCGAUUUCAUGAAAGAAGUAUUAACUCAUCCAAAUGCGGGUUAUUACAUGAACAAAGACAUGUUUGGCGAAAAGGGUGAUUUUACAACAUCUCCAGAAAUCACACAGUUAUUUGGCGAAAUAAUAGCAGUUUGGAUGUACCAUGAAAAGACAAAAAUCACGAAUUGUCCUUUUCAAAUUAUUGAAUUAGGCCCAGGUAGAGGAACUUUAAUGAAAGAUAUAUUACGGGUAUUUAAGCAAUUUCGUGUGCUAAACAAUGUAUCAAUACAUUUGGUGGAAGUUAGUCCUAUUUUGUCAAUGAUACAAGCAAAAAAUUUAUGUAAAACAAGUAUAGAACAUGAUAUCAGAAUAAAGAACUCUGAACAAGAUUGCAUAACUUAUUAUAGAGAAGGUAUUACAGAAGAUAAUGUAAAUAUAUAUUGGUAUUAUUCUAUUGAGGAUGUACCCAAAAAAUUCAGUAUAUUCUUAGCGCAUGAAUUCUUUGAUGCUCUGCCAAUACACAAAUUUCAGAAAACAGACAGAGGGUGGAACGAAGUUCUGGUGGAUAUAAUUGAAAACAGCAAUGAAGAAAAAUUUCGUUACGUGUUAUCAAACAUACAAACACCUGCCACUGUUUAUAUACCGGACAAUGAAAAAAGGGAUCACAUAGAAGUUAGCCCACAAAGCUUAGUGCUAGUAGAUUACAUGGCUCAGUAUUUGUGGGAAUGUGGUGGAUUUGCUUUAAUUUGUGAUUAUGGUCACAGCGGUGAUAAAACCGAUACUUUCCGUGCAUUUUGUCGACACAAAGCAUACAAUCCACUUUUAAAUCCGGGAAUUGCAGAUUUGACGGCAGAUGUUGAUUUUGCAGCUAUAAAAAGGAUUGCAGAAAAAGAUGACAGGCUAAUAACCUUUGGACCAGUACCUCAAGCGUGUUUUUUAAGAUGUCUUGGAAUCGAUGUACGGUUAAAAAAGCUUUUAAGAAAUGCUUCAAAAGAUGCACAUGAACAGUUAGAAUCUGGAUAUCAAACAAUAAUGGACGAAGAUAAGAUGGGAAAACGUUUUAAGAUUUUAUCACUAUUUCCAUCUAUCUUAAAAGAGUAUUUUCAGGAAUUUCCAGUCACAGGAUUUUUUAAUAAAUAAA